UUCGUUGAGAUUAAAAAUAAAAAUCGCCACCUGCGACUGCGAGUGUCGUGUCGAGGGUUGUUCUGUUCUGUUUCAUCUCCAUCCGUUUCGUCUUCUAAUUUCCGAGAAGAGGCACUCACAAAGACAAAGAUGGGAUUAUCGUUGAGGCAUGCAUUGGUGUUUGCGUUAAUUGGGGUGUUGUGGAGCUUGCGAGGAUCAGAGGGGAUUAGAUUCGUGAUAGACAGAGACGAAUGUUUCUCCCAUGAUGUGAAGUACGAGGGCGACACUGUUCAUGUAUCUUUCGUUGUUAUUAAGGCUGAUUCUCCUUGGCAUUACGGUGACGAAGGUGUCGAUCUCGUGGUAAAGGGACCAACUGGUGAUCAAAUUCACGAUUUUCGAGACAAGACCAGUGAGAAAUUUGAAUUUGUGGCUCAUAAAUCCGGGGUCCAUAAAUUCUGCUUCACCAACAAGUCUCCUUAUCAUGAAACCGUUGAUUUUGAUGUACAUGUUGGCCACUUCUCUUACUUUGAGCAACAUGCAAAAGAUGAGCAUUUCACACCUUUGCUGGAGCAGAUAGGGAAAUUGGAGGAAGCUCUUUACAACAUUCAGUUUGAACAGCAUUGGUUAGAGGCUCAGACUGACCGCCAAGCAAUAGUGAAUGAAGCAAUGAGCCGAAGAGCAGUGCACAAGGCAAUCUUUGAAUCAGCAGCACUUAUUGGGGCUAGUGCACUACAAGUCUACCUUCUGCAGCGUUUGUUUGAACGAAAGUUGGGAACCUCCAGAGUUUAGAGCUAUACAAAAUGUUUGAGAACAUGUAACAAUACAAAUGAGAAUGCUAUUUUAUACUUUUUUUUUCCCGCUAUUAUCAAAUGGAUAUUUAUAUGACUAGUUGUUCGCCCUACUCAGAACACUUGUUAAAAGAUGUUAUUUAUUAUUAUUUAAUUAAAGUUGAUUUU